AGUUAUUCUAAUCAUCCUAAUAAUAAAUCUCUCUCUCUUCAGACGCUCCUGCCUACUGUUACAACGGCUACAGAAAUAUCUGAAACGCGCGCUGCUGCGCUGGCGCGUGCGCCGCCGGUGGACCUCCAAAAACCACCGGAACAAAGCCAAAUGGGGCGCCAUGAAGAUGGAAACAAAACCCAGUAUGGCACGCACCAUGAUUCAUCUCUCAAUUCCUCGAAUUUAAUAGAUACAGAUGUGAAGAAUGCUGCGUUUUCAGAGGAGUUUGAUCGAGAACGAGAAAAUAUUUCCCAAAUGAUUUCUGCGUGGAAUCGAGGAAAAUUGAUAGUGGAACUGGAUAAUACUACUCACGAUCUACAUAAUACUCAAAAAUCAAUCGAUUCCACUUUACCAAUUGACAGCAAUGAAAUGAAUUUGGUGAGAAUCGCGAGGGAAUCACCUGGGCUGCGCACUGAAAUUCGAGCAACUUCGAGCCAAUCUUGUAACGUAUUGAGUACUGGGGUUUACACCCCUGUUGAUAAGGAGCAUCCCACUGAAAUUUCAAGCAAAAGAGACGGGGGAAUUGCCGGCGGUGAGAAGUCCAACGUACGAGAAGCUCAAUACACCGGAAACCAUGGAAAAUGGGGACUAACUUUCAGUCUAUUCACGUUCAAUUAGCAGAUUAUUCUAACAAUACUGAAGGAAGAAACAACUUCAACAACAAUUCUUUAUCCCACUAUGAUUCUACACUCAAACUGCAACAGGGGACAAGAUAAUGAAGAACAUGAAUUUGUCUCUAGUCAAAAUGCAGAACAACACAAUGUGUGGGAGGUUCAAGCAAUUCGAACACCAACAAUGGGAGAACGAAGCAAGACACAACCUAGGGGAAAUUUGAUUGAGAAACAGAAUACUACCAGCAACAACAUGAAGUUGCAUACAGCGGCCUAUUCGAAUGCUGAACAAUCCUCAAACUUUUCCUUUGGAAUUACAGGUAACUCAUCCUAUCUAACUCCUCACAUUAUUGUUGAUGCUUCACAGGUCAGGCCAAAUGAAGAUGACAAGGGAUAAGAGAAAGGACAAACACAGCCUCAAAGGCAGGAACAAGAAAGUCACAAAACACAACCUGCAGGCAUGGAAAUGCAGCAAAGAACAAAUGAUCAAAGGAAUGCUACAAAUGGUAAGGCAAGCCAACAAAUUUACAAACAAAACUCAACUCAGGCUCAAAGACAGGAAAACAGUCAACAAGGAGAAACAAAUUCAGCAAAUCAAAGCAACAGGACAACCAUGGAUUUCCAAAGAAAUUUCCCAAAGAUCUCCAACAACUUCACUAGGUAUGACCCUAACUCUCAAAUAGAUAGAAAUAAACAGAUGAACAAUGCUGCGCAAGGAAAUGCUAGACCUCCUAACAUCAAACAGCAAGAGCAAAACAUUAGUAACAAUGUUAAACAGGGUAAAAUUUCAGAACCUGCUCCAUACACUGUUGUUCAAUCCUUUGCAGCCCGCUUGAGGUAUAAUCAGUCUAAGAAUGAGAUCCCAAUUGUGUUGAAUGACCCCAUACAUACUACUAGACAAGGGUAUCCUGUUGUGCUCUUAGAUGAAAAUGACUAUUAUGUGAAAUGUUGUAAGUAUACACUUGUGGGCAAAUUCACCAAUAAAAUGCCUAAAAUGCAGUUGGUUAGAAAGAGCUUUACCCUUCAAACUCAACUUACUGGAGGGGUGAAGAUUACUCACUUUAACUCUAGGCAUGUGUAUAUUGAUCUUGAUAAUGAAUUCGAUUAUCAAACUGUGUGGACAAAAUUGAGGAUGACUGUUGAAGGGCAGUUGAUAAGAAUUCAAGCUUGGACCCCUGAUUUUACCACCGAGGAAGAGACUCCUAGUGUUCCUAUUUGGGUUGCUGUGCCAGGCGUACCAUGUCAUUGUUAUAAAAAAGUUCUAUUGACUACUAUCUUGGAAUCUGUCGGGAAGGUCUUAUAUCUAGAUUCUCCGACUUCUCAAAAGACUAGAGGUAGCACUACUAGGGUGAAAGUUCAAGUUGAUCUCACUAAGAAAAGGCCUGAACAUGUAUGGUUGGCAUUCAAAAAUUCAGACCCCAACAAGGGGAGAUGGUUGAAGGUUCAAUACGAAGGUAUCCCCGACUAUUGUAUGUAUUGUAAACAUCAAGGGCAUAUGGAUUAUGAUUGCACUAUAAAGAGAAGACAUGAAGAGGUGAACAAGAGGAAAGAAAUGGAGUAUGAAAAAAUAGAUAAAUCAAGAGGAGAUCAGCAUCAAGGUGGAGAUGUAAUCGAGGAAAAUGUUAAGCAAAAUCAAAAAGGAAACCACCAAGAAGGAAAAAAACAAGAGACCAAAAAUCAGGGUGAAAGAAAUGAUGUUCAAGAAGUUUCAGAAAAAGAGGAGCAGUUGCAGACACAAAGAAGAAAACAAUCAAAAAACUUGGAGCAAGUUCAACCGAAAACAGCAUGGAGAGCAUGCUCACCACAACACAAGAAAGUCAUUGAUGACAGCCAGUAGGCAGCAGGUAUACCUCCUUCCAUUACUACUCAUAAUGUUUAUAGUGACUUAGAAGUGCAGGAGCAGGCUGUUUAGGAGCUGCAGGUGGACACAUCAGGAAAGAAAGGUGCUGCAGACAGCAAUAUCUAAAAAAUCCAAGAGCCAGUUACUGCAUCACCAACAACAACACAAACAACAAAUGUCCAAAACCUGCACAUGGACAAUUCAUAAAGGAAAGGGGAUGCGGACAGUGAUACACAGCAAAAUGAAGAAACAAAUAUAGUUUCACCAUCAACAAAUCAAUAAAAAAACCUGCAGAAACAUCAAACACAACUCACACAAGCCAAUAAUAACGAGGGAACAGGUUUUGACUUAUCUCUCCCCACACCCCAUCAAUCCCCUAUAAAUGCUGCUGAUAAUAUUGUGAAUGUUGGGUUGGCUGUUGAAGUUGAUAGAGGUAUGGAUGGAGGGUGUCAGGAGAAGCCCACUAAUCUGCAGGAAAGGGUAUCCAAAGGGGGGAAAGGAACUCUGGUUUUUCAUCACUCGGACCAUAGGAGAGACCUUAGAGCCUCAGAAAAUAAGUCUCCAAAUUCCAGCAAUCAGGGGCAGGAGAAAAAUUCCAGUCAAUGGAAAAAUUAUGAGGUUGAUCAGAGUUUGAAAAGAGCUGAAAAUCAAGAAGCUAGGGUAUAAAUGCUGCUGGAAAUCAACAAUAUACUGUUAAUUCUGAGCAUCAGCAGCAGGAAGAUAAAACUUCUGUCGAAAAACAAAACAAUAGAUCACAAGGCAGGCCUAGCAAAAAGAAAAGAGAAGCAAUUAAAAGAAGAAUCCAAAGAGAGGCAGGUCUGCAGUGUCAUAAUGAGCAGAUUCAAAGAGAAUAUAAAUCUCCAAAACAGUCCCAUGACAACUCAGAUUAUGAAGUUAUACAUGCAGAAGAUGGAUUUGACGAAGAUACUCAAUCUCUCAAUGAAAAGGAGGGAGAAGAGGAAGAGGAUGAAACUAGUGCACAGUUGAUCAAUGCUUUUGGUUCUACUUUCCAAGGUGAGUUUAAGUCUAAAACCCAUGAAGUCACUACUCAACAAGGUUUAUCUCCAAGGGGUAGAAAGGAAGUCAGACUAUAUAACAACACCGUCACAACAAGCACAUCUGCUAAUACUAGCAGAGCCAACACCAGGUCACGAAGUAAAGGUUUUUAAUGAUCAGUACAAUAUGUUGGAAUGCUAGGAGCAUCAACACCCAAGGCUCUUUGGAAAGACUCCAAAAUCUCAAGAAAAUGCAUAAUUUGUUUAUGAUUGCUAUUCUUGAACCUUGUGCAGAUAACUCUCAAAUCAACAAAUACAAGCUUCUUUUGUCUAUGGAUAACGCUCUUUGUAAUAAUAAUGGCAAAAUUUGGCUCUUUCGGACCAAUGAUAUGGAAUGUGAUAUUUUGGAAAUUCAUGAUCAACAUAUCACUUUUUGGGACAAACAUGUUGAACACAAUGAGAAAUUUAUUUUUUCUCUUAUUUAUGCUAAGUGUAAGGAACACUUAAGAAGACCUCUUUGGGAAAGACUUUAUCAUAUCUCCAAUGUGGAUAGCCCAUGGUGUACGAUUGGAGACUUUAAUGUUAUUACGUCAACUGAUAAAAAACAUGGUGGCAUACCCUAUAAUAUGAACAAAAGUCUGGAAUUUAUUGAUAUCAUUGAGGCUUGUGGUAUUAUGGACAUAGGCUACAGUGGUCAACAUUACACUUGGUGUAAUCAAAGAUCCGGUGAAGCAAGAGUGUGGAAAAGAUUGGAUCGAGCCAUGGUCAACGAUAAAUGGUUGGAAUGUAUGCCACAAACUACUAUCUCUAAUCUUCCUGCUGUUGGCUCAGACCACUGCCCUUUAUUAAUGGAAAUGUAGGUGAGAAUAGCCCAAAAAGUAAAAUAUUUUAUGUUUUUGCACUGUUGGACUGAAAAUGAAAAUUUCAAGGAUAUUGUGCAAUGCUCUUGGCAAGAGGAAGUAAGUGGUGAUCCUAUGUGGAAACUUCAUCAGAAAAUGAAAGAAAUUGGCUUCUACCUUGAGUACAUGGUCUAAGAGUGAAUAUGGCAACAACUUUUCAAUGGUUAUAGAUUUUGAAGAACAGGUUAAAAAGGCGGAGGAGAAUGUCAUACAAAAUAAUUUAGAGGAGAACAGAGCCAGACUUCAUCUUAUUAAUGCUCAAUACAUAAAAUACAUGAAGUUGGAAACUUUCAUACUCCAGCAAAAAACUAAGCUCCAAUGGUUCAAAGAAGGGGACACCAAUUCCAAAUACUUUCAUUCUAUGAUGAGGGGAAGGAGAAGGAAGUUGUUUAUCCACAGAAUUUGCACAGAUGAGGAUACUUGGAUACAGGGAGAUGAGAACAUUGCCAAAAAAGCUUGUAUGUACUACAAAAUAUUUUCACUGGGAAAUCAGACAGAAUCACUGAGGAGGUUCUUAAUUGUAUUCCCCGGAUGGUUACAGAUGAGCAGAACCAACUUCUUCAACAAAUGCCUAAUAUGCAGGAAUUAAAAAAGGUUGUUUUCUCCAUGAAUCCUAACUCGGCUCCAGGUCCGGAUGGGUUUGGAGGAAAAUUUUAUCAAUCAUGUUGGGAUAUUAUUAAGGAAGAUGUUCUAAAGGCUGUGCAACAUUUCUUUUGUGGAUAUAUUUUGCCUAAAUAUUUUUCACAUGCUUGUCUUUUUCUUCUUCCUAAAAUUGAUCAUCAGAAUAAAUUUUCAGAGUUCAGACCCAUCAGCUUGAGUAAUUUCUCCAACAAAAUUAUUUCCAAGAUAUUUUGUUUCAGAUUAGAAGGUAUUUUACCUCAGUUUAUUUCUGAGAAUCAGUCGGGAUUUGUUAAGGGAAGAAGUAUCUCGGAAAACAUUAUGUUGGCUCAAGAGAUCACUCAUCGUAUCAAACAAUCCAAUGAAGGUUACAAUGUGGUAAUCAAACUCGAUAUGGCCAAGGCAUACGAUAGAGUGUCAUGGUCGUAUACUUGUUUGGUUUUGCGAAAAAUGGGUUUUGGUGAGAAUUUUAUUGACCUUGUGUGGAGAAUAAUGAGCAACAACUUGUAGUCUGUUAUUAUUAAUUGGUACAGGCAUGGUUUUUUAAAGUCAACAAGGGGUCUCAAAAAAGGUGAUCCAUUAUCGCCGUCCUUAUUUAUUUUAGGGGUAGAGGUGUUGUCUCAGAUGCUUAAUAUGCUUCAUCAACAACAGCAUUACAAGAACUUUCAAAUGGAAAGUAGAGGCCCACAGAUUAAUCAUCUCAGCUUUGCGGAUGAUAUCAUUAUCUUCUCUUCCACCACUAGAGAUACUCUCCAUAUGAUUAUGAAAACUCUUGCCACAUAUGAGUCUGUCUCAGAUCAACUCAUAAACAAAGACAAGAGUCAUUUCAUGGUCCCAUCGAACGCUCCCAUAGAGGUCAUCAAUGUAAUUGUAGAAAUCACAGGCUUCACUCAGAAAAACAGUCCCAUUACCUACCUGGGGUGCCCCCUUUACAUUGGUGGUCAAAAAAUCAUUUACUAUUCAGAUUUAGUCGCAAAGAUCACCAAAAGGAUCACGGAUGGCAAUCAAGGAUUCUUAGUUUUUGUGGGAACCGCUACUAUGAUCAAACAUAUUCUACAAUCCAUUCCUAUCCACACAAUGUCAACUACCUCUCCUCCUAAAACAACUAUCUGUUAUAUCGAGAAAGCCAUGGCAGAUUUCUUUUGGGGUUGGGACAAGGAAAAAAUAAAGUAUCAUUGGGCCUCUUGGGAUACGUUGUGCCUUCCUUUGGAUGAGGGAGGUAUUGGUAUAAGACGUCUUGAAGAUGUGUUUGUGUUUCAUUACAACAUAAACAGUGGUGGAUUCUCAGAAGCAUGCAGACAUUAUGGGGUCGAUUCUUGAGAGAAAAAUACUGUCAAAGGGCUCAUCCAAUAGCAAAAAAACUACACACGGGGCAAUCUUUGGUUUGGAAUUUUAUGAUGAAAAAUAAAGCCAUUGUCGAAUCCCAAAUUCAAUGGAGAAUCAACUCUGGCAGCAGCUCAUUUUGGUGGGAUGAUUGGUUAGGAGACGACCCUCUUGCUCCUCAAUGCAAUCAUAUCACGAGCCUAAACAACACCACUAUUUCUCAUUUUUCUAAUUAAUGGAAGAUGGAACGAAAAAUUUCUUCGACAAUGGGUUCCUCCAUUACUGAUUUCAAAAGUUUUGAAUACUGACAUUAAGUUUCAGGAACACAUGCUGGACGAGGCAGUCUGGAAAACUUCUGAGAAAGGGCAGUUCUCCUGUGCUACUGUCUGGGAACACAUUCGUCACAGGAAGGAGAAAAAUAAUUGUAGUAAGAACAUCUGGCAUAAGUUAAUCCCGUUUAAAAUUUAUUUUUAAGUGUGGAGGGCAUUGUGUGGUAAGCUCCCCACUAACGAAAGAAUUAUUAAAUUUGGGAGGGAGGCAGCCCAAUGUUCCUGCUGUUACAGCCCUGGGGAAGACACCAUAGAUCAUAUAUUUGCAACUGGUCAUUUUGCUAACAAUAUUUGGAGGUUCUUUUCUGCAGCUACAGGGCUGCAACAUGAGCACUCCACAAUUCACACACUGCUGCAGAAAUGGAGGAACCGGGCGCAGGCAACUGAAGUGCAGAAGCUGGCAACCAGGCUGCUGCCAGUCAUCAUUCUCUGGAAUCUCUGGAAAAAUCGCUGCGCAGCAAAAUACAAAGCAAAGCAAUCCAACACAGCUCGAGUAAAAUUCCUCAUAGUCAAAGACUUCAACAAUCUCCUCAAUACAGCCUAUCCAUACAUCGAAUGGAUGGAACUCUCUUAUCGAAAUGGUGGCAAGUUACAAACAUGCUAUUAUGGUUAAAGAAGUAACGUGGGAGAAACCUCAGCAACCAUUCCUCAAGCUCAACAUUGAUGGGAAUUCCCUUAGCAACCCCGGGAAAAUUGGAGGAGGAGGAAUAGUAAGAGAUUAUCAAGGGAGGCAAACAACACGGCUGAUCGGCUAUGCAAAUAUAGUCACAACACAGACAUUGUUCAACACUUUUAAAUCAAGGAUCAAUUACCUACUCUUGCGAGAGGAAGCUUCAUUCUUGAAAAACUUGGCAUGGAUAAUUUCAGGAGAAAGAAAUUGAAAAGAAUCAAGAAACCUCCAUGAUCGUCUCUGUUAUGGUAUAGUUUUUAUACCGUUUUUGGUUAGGAGCCUAUUCACUUAGACUAUGCUAUUUGGUAUAGUCUCGUUGAAUAGGAUACACCUUUAUUCUCGUCUUAUUUUUAUAAGGGGAGAGUCUCCCUUAUUUACGUUUCCUAGAUACUUUGUAUUGAGAGGAGUCCUCUGUUCUAGGUGCUUAGUAUUUUGUUUUCUCUUUUAUUGUAAGGGGAUGAGUAGAACUUCCUUUUUAGGAAAGUUGACUUCUGAACCAUCUUAGGAUCGGAGGUAAGGUUUAUGCCCCUUCUUGUAUUUUUUACUUUUAUUAAUGUUAAGGCAUGGGGGUGUUGCUCAGCCCCUUACCCCCCCAAGGGUUCUUAAAAAACAAAAAAUACCAUGAGGGGUGUAUAAAUAAUCGA